AUGAGAUGAAUGCACGUUCAAGGGCCACCCUGCCGUGAAGUUGCCGAUGGGGACAAUCUCAUUGGCCAGGUGGAGAUCGUGAACUUUGUCCGGCCGUGCCAAGGAACGACAGCAGACUUUUAGGAACGGUGAAUCAUCACACUCCUCUCGGUGGACGUACGAGGACUUGGGCUGGAAGCAUGUGGUGUGUCCUGCGAGGCUGGAGGGGAGGGCGUCUGGGCCCCUGGGGAGCCGUGGGGCGGCAGCGGCCCCCCAGCGUGCGCGCGCUGGCCAGCGCGGGCUCCCGGCGAGGGGACGAGUACAGUCACGUGGUGGUGGGUGCGGGCUCCGCGGGCUGUGUGCUGGCCAGGCGGCUCACCGAGGACCCCGACAAGCGCGUGCUGCUGCUGGAGGCCGGGCCCAAGGACGUGCUCGCGGGCAGCAAGCGGCUCUUGUGGAAGAUCCACAUGCCCGCGGCCCUCGUGGCCAACCUGUGCGAUGACAGGUACAACUGGUGCUACCACACGGAGCCGCAGCCGGGCCUCGACGGCCGGGUGUUGUACUGGCCGCGUGGCCGGGUCUGGGGGGGCUCGUCGUCGCUCAACGCCAUGGUCUACAUCCGCGGCCACGCGGAAGACUACAACCGCUGGCAGCGGGAAGGCGCGACGGGCUGGGACUACGCGCACUGCCUGCCCUACUUCCGCAAGGCGCAGAGUCACGAGCUGGGCGCCGGCACGUACCGCGGCGGCCAGGGCCCCCUGCACGUGUCCCGGGGCAAGACCAACCACCCGCUGCACCGCGCCUUCCUGGAGGCAGCGCAGCAGGCCGGCUACCCGCUCACCGAGGACAUGAACGGCUUCCAGCAAGAAGGCUUCGGAUGGAUGGACAUGACCAUCCACCAAGGCAAGCGCUGGAGCACAGCGUGCGCGUACCUGCACCCGGCACUGAGCCGCCCCAACCUCAUGGCCGAGGCGCAGACGUUUGUGAGCAAGGUGCUGUUUGAGGGCACCCGCGCGGUGGGUGUGGAGUACAUCAAGAACGGUCAGAGCCACAGGGCUUACGCCAGCACGGAGGUGAUUCUGAGCGGGGGUGCCAUCAACUCUCCACAGCUGCUCAUGCUCUCGGGUGUCGGCAAUGCAGAUGACCUCAAGAAGCUGGGCAUCCCGGUGGUGUGCCACCUGCCUGGAGUGGGCCAGAACCUGCAGGACCACCUGGAGGUAUACAUCCAGCAGGCAUGCACCCUCCCCAUCACCCUGCACUCAGCACAGAAGCCCCUGAGGAAGGUCCGGAUUGGUCUGGAGUGGCUCUGGAAAUUCACAGGGGAUGGAGCCACGGCACACCUGGAAACAGGAGGGUUCAUCCGGAGCCGGCCUGGGGUCCCCCACCCGGACAUCCAGUUCCAUUUCCUGCCGUCCCAAGUGAUUGACCAUGGCCGGGUACCCACCCAGCAAGAGGCUUACCAGGUGCAUGUGGGGACCAUGCGGGGCACGAGCGUGGGCUGGCUCAAACUGAGAAGUGCCAACCCCCGGGACCACCCUGUGAUUCAACCCAACUACUUGUCAACAGAAACCGACAUUAAGGACUUCCGACAGUGUGUGAAGCUGACCAGAGAAAUUUUUGCCCAGAAAGCCCUGGCACCAUUCCGGGGGAAGGAGCUCCAGCCAGGAAGCCACGUGCAGUCAGAUAAAGAGAUAGAUGCCUUCGUGCGGGCAAAAGCAGACAGCGCCUACCACCCCUCAUGCACCUGCAAGAUGGGCCAGCCCUCUGAUCCCACGGCCGUGGUGGAUCCACAGACCAGGGUGCUUGGGGUGCAGAACCUCAGGGUGGUCGAUGCCUCCAUCAUGCCCAGUGUGGUCAGCGGCAACCUUAACGCCCCCACAAUCAUGAUCGCAGAGAAAGCAGCAGACAUCAUCAAGGGGCAGCCUGCACUCUGGGACGAAGACAUCCCUGUCUACAAGCCUGGGACCCUGGCCACCCAGCGCUGAGGUGGUCACUGCCCGAGAAGCCUCCUGCCAAGUCAAGAGGGUCAGCACAGCGCCUGCCCGCCGUGCCCUUUCCUGAAACUGUCUAGAAUGUUACAGUUCAGUGGCUGAGAAUGUGUAAUUGCUUAGGCUGGGAGACCGGUAUCAGGCAGUGAAACAGGUUUCUUUUCCCCAGCAUUUUCCUGUGGGCGCGCCCCCCCCCCCCCCCCGCCCCACCUCCUGAAGGGGCAGUAGAGGGGGCUGGGGGGCAGGGCAGUGGAAGAGUAUGGCUAACUCCCACCAUGGCCUUAUCUUAAACUCCAUGGCACUCUGCAACCCAGGGUCUUGGUCGGACAUGAGGGAAGUGGUUCUCUCCCAGGGCUCCCUUUUAAUUAAAGCAAGCCAUUCCAGAGGCUGGGUGCUGGCUAGACGGCACGGGGUUCUUGCGGUGGGGGGCAUCCUCUGCCUCAGGCUGCCAGCUGCAGCUGAGGCCCGUGCCUAAGCCUCCCGUGUCCCCGUUCAGAGGGAAGGCUGCCUGCCUGAAGAAACACAGGCUUCUUUCUCUUCUGCUUCCUGAGUCCCCUCCCAGUUGGGUCACUCUGAGGGCCCACCUCUCCAAUGCUCUGAUUCUUACUAAACAACAGCUCGAUUUCUGGACCUUGUUCAGAGAAGAAUCUGGAGAGUCUCUUCACUGUGAUAGGUUUCCUGAUUUAGCAUUUUAAAUGAUUUUCCUGUUACCAGGGAAACCUAGAAACCUAGAGCAAACCCCACAGACCAGACCUCUGCUCCAAGCCAAAGCGGCUAGUCCAAGAGGAUGCUUUCCUGUCAGCCUGGGGAGGCGACUCACAGUGGAUGAAGCUGGCUAAUCCGUAUUCCGCAGCCAUCCAUGGGAACAGACUGGGAUGGAGCCAAGGCUGAUGGAAAAAAAAACAGUCGAAUCACACUAUAUACCUGAUCCCGUGAAAAUAAAUGGGCAAAGAUUUGAGUUUGGGGGGGCGGGGGGGAACCAGAUACAAGUAGUAUUUAAAAUAGCUCUUUGAUCUUUAAACUUCCUAUAAUUCAACAACUUAAUCCAGUAACUGAGUUUUGAAUGGAGAUGCCUUAGCCAGACUAUUCUUACAAGGUAAUGAAAACUAAAUGAAUUUUGGGUUGAAGAGCUCCGAAGCCACCAUCUGCGGCAGGGGAGGAAAGACUUGUGCUCUGGAAACCUGCCCUGGAACAAGGAGGGGAGGGAAAGGGGGGCAUGCCAGCCUUCGCCCAGGACCAGAGUGGACUGAGAUGACUUGGAGGCCAGACAGCCACAACUUGCCAUUGUGAGAAAGACCUUCCAGAAAGAUGGGAAGAAGAAAACCAUCACACCCCUCCUUCCUUCACAAAUCUGAAGUAGCUCUGGUUUCAUCUUACCUGCCUCUUUAUUUUCUGUUCCAAGAGAGCUUCCCCAUCUGUCCCGCAGCCGUGGUCCACAUCCACCAUCCUCGGGGCCCCGGCGCCACCUGCAGGGCUGAAAGAACAGUGGGGCAGUGCGGGCCCCAACCCCCCCACCCCCACCGACUCCGGCUCGGAGGGCCAACGAGUAGCAAGUUGGGUGGGUAGAGGGGUCCCAGGCCUGAGUGUGGCCGUGGCACAGCCAUGCCGUUCCGUGGUCUGUCUCUGUGUGCUGCGGUGGUCUCGGUCUCUGGGACAGCGGCUGGUUUGCUACUGUGCCUGCAUCAUAAGCAGAAUGACCUAUCGUCAGAGGAGGUGCGUCAUGCUGUAUGGCCGGAUGACAUCUGGGCCCCUCCCCUACUCUUGGUCACUGAGCCUUGUUCCAUACAAUCACACAAUUUAGCCAUGUGCAGAAAUGAGUUCUCAGAAGAGAAGACGGUACGUGUUCUACACCCAGGGCCCACAGAAGUCAGAGCAGAACACUGUGCUGUUGGGGUUCAGCCACAGGGCAGAAUAUUGAACUUAUGUGUGGCUGCUUGCUCGAGCCCUGACAGGUGAGCAUGCAGCCGUCUGGCAGAGUGGAACCUUGGCCUGUGUCGCUGCAGCAGGCUGUCACCAAGUUCCACUGCCAUGAGGGAACCCUGGACCUCAGAAAAGAGGGCUGUUGGCUGAGGAAGCCAGAGAGGGGAGAAGAGUGCCCAUUGGGUCAGGCAGCCCUUGGGGCACCCAGACACCAAGUCAGCACUCAGCCCUGGGAGGAAGCUUAUUUAAGCCCCUUAGCGAAGAGCCCGUGAUACGAACAAAUGGAAGAAUGUACUUUGCAAACAAUGGUUGAAAACGUGUAACUGAGCUGUGUAUGUACCUGGAUCAGGCUCCCAGCAUGGACCCCUUCGAAGAAGCCUAUGUGUUCCAGCUGCUGCACAAGCAGAAGGGUCUUCUGGGUUGAACGGGGGACAGAAGGCACAGCUGGAAGAUUAGCCUGCCGGCAGCUGGACCAGAAAACGGCAGGCCCUAGUACCCGGCUCCUGGCUCCUGGAUGCCCAGUCUUCCUGCUUCCAGGGCUGACUGUGGGAAUCCUCAUUUCCAUAAAUGCAAAUAGAGCCUGUCUCCAGCCAAACCCUCUUCCUCCCCACAAAGGCUGUUUCCUGUCUCCACCAACUUAACAUCAGAUCUAAUACCUACAUCCUUUUCUCUUAAAAAACCAAAAGAAAGCGCACGCCCUCUCCACCAGCCCCGUCUUGAGAGCCGAGCAGCCUCCCCAGUCCUCUCUCCUGCCGCCAUCAAGGGCCACGAGGCCGCUCUCGCUGGUGCUCCCACGUUGGAGGCAGGGGCCCCAGGCCUGCUCCCCAUUCUCCUGCCUUCUCACUUUGUCAACACAUGCAAGCCUCGCCGGUGUCUGUUUUUGAGUCAGGGAAGGAACUGGAGCUCUGUCGCUGACCGGUUUUUAGAACAAACCUACAGUCCGUCAUAACAAUGGAAAGCUUUGUAGGAAAACAGACCAUUGGCAAGGACACUGAAGACCAUAAAAUAUAAACAGUGUGAAGUAAACUACCCUGGUUCCUUUCACAAACGUGGGGUCAGCAGUAAGGCAGGUAAAGCCCACACCGUGAACCGAGAAGCUUCCUGGCUUCAACCAGGCUCCAAAACGGGGGAAUAGAGCUGGAAAGCCCCGUCUGGCCUGGCCGUCUGGAUAGAAACCGGAGAAAAGGCUGUUAACAAGGUUCCUGCUGGUUGGGCGUUCAAUCAGAGCUGCCCUUUCCAUUUGUGAUACCAAAAAACGCAAAACCAAAUGUACUAUUCCUGGGGACACAACAAAAUGACCUUUUUUAGGGGGUUGGGAGGGAGGCCAAACAGGAGAGAGUUCAUCUUACAACUUUCCUGAAGCAAAAGGGGGAAAAAAAACAAAAGCAAAACACCACCCCGUGGCUCGACAACUUCAAACUGGGUCUUAAAAAGAACAUUUUCAUGGUAGAUGGGAGGUUGAACGCAGGCCUGUUAGGACUGGCGCAGCCUGGAUGCGUGCCAGUUUGUAAGUACCAACAGGGAAAAAUGGCGGCCUGCGCCAGAAAAACCCAUCCUGGUAGGACUGCUGCUGAGAAGCCACACAGAACAAUGCCCAGCAGAGGUGACGGGGACAGUGGCUUAGCCCUUGAGGAGAAACCGUGCUCUCUCUGCAGCUGGUGCUGAGUGACCAUGGGCCUCAAGGAGGGAGAGCUGAGGAUAAGAGAAGCUACCCAGUCCCAGAGCUGCCCUCACCGAGUGCCCGCCCCUUCCGGAGCGCUCACCGGCCCACACCAGCUCUUUGCAGCAAGAGCUCCCUCACCCCGUAAAAAUUAUUACACAGUUUUAUUCUGAAGAACAUUUUGCAUUUUAAUUAAAAAAAAUUUAUGUCAGGAAAUAGUCAUUUACAAACCUUCAAGUGUUUUUGCCUGGAUCUGGAGUAAGAAUGUCUUAAGAAGAGGUUUGUAAGGUCUUCAUAACAAAGUAUUGUUAUUUACAAAAAAAAAAAAACAAAACCCAAAAAACAAAAAACAAACCCAAAACAUUAACAGGUUGUCUAGGUAAUAUUUAAAAAUUUUGAACCAAAAA